AACAGCAUCCCAUUUGCUCUGUUCCGAUGACGGCCGUGGCCGCGCUGUCCCUCGGAUUGGCCUCCGCCCUGGGCGCCAGCGGCGGCGCGGGUGUCGGCGGCGAAGCUUCCAGCGGCGUGGUGCGGGUGCCGCUGGCGAAGCGGCGCCGGGCGCUGGCGCCGCAGUGGGGCAGGGCCCAAAGCACCGUGGAGUACUUCGGGGAGGUCUGGGUGGGGCUGCCGCGGCAGCGGCUGCUGGUGGCCUUCGACACGGGCAGCGCCAACUUGGUGCUGCCCUCUGCGCCGUGCCGCCGGCCCCGGCUGUAUGAUGCCGCCGCUUCCACGACAGCAGAGCCAGGUCAGGAGGAGGAAGUGACACUGGUCUACGGAACAGGUCAGGUGCAGGGGGGCUAUGCGAGGGACCGGGUCUGCCUGGAAGGCCUUUGCGCGACCUUGCGCUUUGUGGAGGCCACGAAGCUCAGCGAGGAGCCCUUUGGGGAGGCGCCCUUCGAUGGGGUUCUGGGCCUCGCGCUUCCGCAGCUAGCGGAGGGCCCGCAGUUCGGGUUCUUCGAUGAGCUGGUGAAGCAGCGGGUCUUGCGCAGGAACGUCUUCGCCUUUUCCUUCGCCGCGAACGGCAGCUCGCUGCUGCUCGGGGACUGGGACGAGGCCAGCCUUGCUUCGGAGCUGGUGUGGGCGCCCUUGUCCAAGCCCGGGUUCUGGCAGGUGGCCCUCCAGGAUCUGACCAUCGACGGCGUGCCCGCCCAGCUUUGCGGGCCGCCAGGCUCCUUCCGGGGCUGCAGCGCGGCCCUGGACUCGGGCACCUCCUCCCUGGCGGCGCCCAACCGCCUGGCGCGGCAGCUGGCGCAGCGUCUGGCGCCCGGAGCUGACGGCCGGCGGCCGGUGCUGGGCUUCCGCCUGGAGGAGGUGGACCUGGAGCUGCAGCUGGAGCCGGAGUUUUAUUUGGAUGAGCUGCAGGAGCUGCAGCUCAUGGCAGUGGAGGUGCCGAGGCCUCACGGCCCGCUGCUGCUGCUUGGGGAGCCAUUCUUGAGGAAGUUCUACACCGUCUACGACCGUGAGCGCUUGCGCAUCGGCUUUGCCCUCGCGAGGCAAGACGCGCUUGGAGGCGACGGGUUGACAGUGAACUGA